UAUAGUCCCACUGUGCGCCCGGCGGAAGGACACGGUGCCCGGUGUCUAUAUAAACCCUCCGCCGCGCUCUGAGCGGCACAAGCUGACACCGACCGGAAGUGAGAGGACAGACACCAGCAGGAACAAUUUGUUUUGCCAAGAUGCAGAUCUUUGUGAAGACCUUGACUGGAAAGACCAUCACCUUGGAGGUGGAGCCCAGCGACACCAUCGAGAACGUCAAGGCUAAGAUCCAGGAUAAGGAGGGCAUCCCUCCAGACCAGCAGCGUCUCAUCUUUGCCGGCAAACAGCUCGAGGAUGGCCGCACCCUCUCCGACUACAACAUCCAGAAGGAGUCCACCCUCCAUCUCGUGCUCCGUCUGAGAGGAGGUAUGCAGAUCUUCGUGAAGACCCUGACUGGAAAGACCAUCACCCUGGAGGUGGAGCCCAGCGACACCAUUGAAAAUGUCAAGGCUAAGAUCCAGGACAAGGAGGGCAUCCCUCCAGACCAGCAGCGUCUCAUCUUCGCUGGAAAGCAGCUAGAAGACGGUCGCACUCUCUCCGACUACAACAUCCAGAAGGAGUCCACCCUCCACCUUGUGCUCCGUCUGAGGGGAGGUAUGCAGAUCUUUGUGAAGACCCUGACCGGAAAGACCAUCACCCUGGAGGUGGAGCCCAGCGACACCAUCGAGAACGUGAAGGCUAAGAUCCAGGAUAAGGAGGGCAUCCCUCCAGACCAGCAGCGUCUCAUCUUCGCUGGAAAGCAACUUGAGGAUGGCCGCACCCUCUCCGACUACAACAUCCAGAAGGAGUCCACCCUCCAUCUCGUGCUCCGUCUGAGAGGAGGAAACUAAGCUGCUCCUGCUUGAAGAUCUCAGCAUUCCCACCUCUUCUUCCAGUGUUCUCCUCCUGAUCAGCUGUCAGUCAUUCCUUUUUUUUAAGUUUGAAUAAAGGCUGUGCAUUCCUGACUUUUUCCUUUUUGACUUUUAAUGAUCUCACUUUGCAUUCUGACACUUGAGCUGACGGUGACGCUUCAGAGUUUGAGUUUGAAAAUGUUUGACAGAGUUCAUGUUGGUGUUUUUAAGGUGGUCCGACGUCGCUGAAGGUUCACACAGGUUCAAGUCCUGAAAUGUUUGUCAUGUUUGACCUUAAAGGAAAUGCUGCUGUUACAACAUAACAAAUAAAAACUGCUUCUCAUGUCA